UUCGUUGGGAGGGGUGGAACUUGGAAGGGGAAUGGAGCCGGCGGCGACGAUGGUGUUCGUGUACGGCACCCUAAAGCGGGGAUUCCCGAACCACCCGCGCCUCGCCGCCUUCGGCAGCCCGUUCGCCGGCACCGCUUCCACUGCCGCCCCAGUCUCCCUCGUUAUUGGACCCUACUCAGUCCCCUUCCUCCUCCCGAGCCCCACUCCGUCCUCCGGCCGUCUGGUCUCCGGCGAGCUCUACUCCGCAUCCCCCAGCGCCCUCGCGGACCUCGAUGCGUUCGAGGGCACCCACCUCGGCGUCUACGAGCGCCGGCGGCUUACCGUAGUGGUCGAAGGGACGAGCAGGGAGGUGGAGGCUGAGGCUUACUUCGCGGACGCGAGCUACGCGGAGGCCCUGUGGCGGCGCUGCGGCGGUGAGGCGGCGGAGAUCGGGGGAUACACCAUGGAGCAUGCCGGCAGGUACAUCCCGCCCAGUGGCCGCUCUCCCGGCAUCUCGGGACUCAUGCAGGCCGUUCAUGGUUUCAUCGCCACCACUCCGCCGGACAACUGAGUUGAUGCCAUCCCUUCCUUGAACCUUACAUGUUGUGUGGUUGGUCUGUGAAUGAAUUGGACAAUUGUGGCUUGAUAAUCUUGGAUCAAAUUAUCCAUUAUGCACAGUCGUACAGUUGCUGAA